UGUGUUUGUGUUUUUCUGUUUUUGUAUGCGUUGAGUGUGUGCAUGUGUGUUUUUCUGUUCCUGUGUGCGUUGAGUAUGUGCACUCUCUCUCUCUCUGGACAGUGGUGUGUCCCCGUUUUUGUGUCCUGUGUGUUUAUGUUUUGUGUGUGUGUUUUUCUGUUUUUGUGUGUUUUUGUAUUUGUUGAAUGUGUGCUCUCUCUCUCUCUGUGGUCAGUGGUGUGUGCGUUGUGUGCCUGUGUUUAUGCCCUCUGUGUGGGUUUUUUUUCUGUUUCUGUGUAUUUUUGUAUUUGUUGAAUGUGUGUUCUCUCUCUCUCUCUGUGUAUGGUGUGUGCGUUGUGUUUAUGGUGUGUGCAUUGUGUGCGCAUGUUUGUGUUCUGUGUGUGUUUCUGUGUGCAUUGAGUGUGUGUUCUCUUUUUCUCUUUUUCCUGUGUGUGAAAAGUGUUUUUCAGUGUGUCAUUAGGGUGUGUGUGUUUGUUUGUGGUUAUGUAAUGUGCCAAAACUUUAUUUGUUGGCAUAUUUAGUGCUAUGGUAAAACACCGCCUUUGCAACAAUCCUUGGUAGUUUGCUGCAAUGGUUUACCAAAAUUCAUAGCCUUGGGAUUAAUUUGAUUAGAAUUAAAACUAUUUAUUUUGUAUUUUCUUCAAUUCAUUAUAUUUCUUGGGAAGUUGAUGUUCCUGUUUGGUUUAUGUAGGUCUGAAUUUUAAUACCUUUUUGGUUUUGGAUUGAUUUUUGGGUUGGUUGUUGAUGUUGACAAUGGUUUGUGAUGGAUUGCCUUACUCUUAUAGUUGAGAUUCGUAUUGGCCACAAUAAAUGGUACAUAUAGCUUUGUUCCUAUGUUAUAUAAUCAGUAUUUUACUUGAAUUAUAUGUUGUCUAUUGUGAUUGUUGCUUUGUAGUAACAAUUACGAAACAAAAAAAAGAAAUAAUUAUUAGAAAGAGGGACCAAUAUUUUGGUGGAUUGGAAUUAUCAUUGCAGGGAUUGAGUUAGUGGAAUUCGAGCCUUUUGAGAUUGUAGCAGCAGUGAGAAUCUCUCUUGCAGGAGAAGAAUUACGUCUCACUGAAUAUUUUUUUACCUCCGACACCAUCAAAGUUUGUUUAAAAAAGUGUUAAGAGGAAUAUGAUUGUCAAUGCAUCUUUGCUAUUUAUCAACAUUUAAUUAUUCUUUGUCAGUAUAUUACUGUAUCAAUUCCACUUUCAAUUGUUGAAUGUAUCUUUUAAAAUUGACACUUAACCCUCUGCUUUGGUUCAUGUCAUAAUUAUGUAGUGUUGGAGGUUUGCAACAGUGAGACAGAGUGUAUAUCACUGUGCUAUGCAGCCUUUCUUUACCUGCAGUUACAGUAUGUACACACACAGUAUAUAUAUGUGUGUAUUUUGUGAAGGUAUAUACUACAUAGAUUUGGAGGGUAUAAAAUGAAGGGUGUGAGAUUCAAUUUUCUUUAUAUAUCUAUACCGUACUUACUUAUUUGCAUGUUUAAGACUACUAUAACUUUAAAUGCAGUUUGAUUACCAUUGUAGUUGUUUAAUUAUUCGCAUGGUUAUGAUAAUGUUGUAAUAGUUGAUAAAUCAUUGUGUUUAUGUAAGAUUGUACUGUGAUAACGAGUUUAAUACAUUCUCAAUUUUUUCUAUGCAAUUCGGUCGA